GCUGUGGGUAUUAUAAGUGGGAUGCGGCGUCUGAAGCAGGGCAGCCGGCAGGGCAGGGGCUCUUCCCAGCCGAUGAUUAGUAAAUUCUUCAGGCCCAAGGAAGGGGAUGGCAGCCAGCCAUGUACAAGUUCAGCCUUCUUCCCAAAGCAUUCUAGAUGUAAUUCGAGAGAUGACUCUCCUCAUAGUGAAGAACCAACUAAGAAGAGAGCAAAAAGUGGAGAAGGAAAUGAAUCCAUAGCUAGCACUUCUACAGUAAGGGCUGCAGAUCCAAAUAAACCAUUGAUUUCUUCUCAAACUCUGCACAAACUGAAAGAGUUCUGCAGUGAAACGGGGCAAUCAAACAGUAAUGCCGUUUUUGAAAAUAUACCUGAAUGCCUGCAGCCUUGGUCUAGUUUUAAAGAUUUUGCCGGGAAACAGGAAAUCACACCUGAAAAUGGAGGUUCGCAUUCUAGUUUUGGGCUGGAAAAUGUUAAAGGGAGAUCUUCAUCCUUGAAAAACAGUGAGAAUCCAGGUGAAAUGAAAAUGCCCUGCCGCAGAACAAAAAGCAUCUACACACCCCUGGAAGAGCAGUACAUGGAAAUAAAAAGCCACCAUACGGAUGCCAUUUUAUGUGUGGAAUGUGGCUAUAAAUAUCGAUUCUUUGGAGAGGAUGCAGAGAUUGCAUCUCGGGAACUUAACAUUUACUGUCAUAUGGACCACAAUUUUAUGACUGCAAGUAUUCCUGCUCAUCGUUUAUUUGUUCAUGUAAGAAGACUUGUUGCAAAGGGAUAUAAAGUUGGAGUUGUAAAGCAGACGGAGACUGCAGCACUGAAGGCAGCCGGGGAAAGCAAAAGUUCUUUGUUUACUAGGCAACUCACCGCACUAUACACAAAGUCAACUCUCAUUGGAGAAGAUGUCAGCCCUUUGAUAAAUAUAGAUGACUCACUGGAGGUCGAAUGUAUAAUGGCUGAUGUCCCAAGCAGUUAUCUUUUGUGCAUCUUUGAAAAUAUUGACAGGACUAAAAAUAAGAAGUCAGCAGACGCCGUCUUUGGACUGGUGGCGGUCCAACCCUCCACAGGGGAAGUCAUGUAUGACCGUUUCCAUGAUACCAAAUCCCGCACUGAGCUGGAGACAAGGAUACUGAGACUGCAGCCGGUGGAAAUCCUACUUCCCUCUGACAUUUCCGAUUGCACUGAAAGGCUCAUCAGCAGUUUAACUUCUGCCAGUUUACGUGAUGAUGACCGAAUACGAAUCGAGAGAAUGGACAAGAGCCAUUUUGAAUAUAGCCAGGCUUUUCAGCUCAUUAGUGAGUUUUAUGGACAAGAACAACACAUAUCAGCAGGUUCUCAAAAGCUGACGGAAAUCCUGACUUUCGAUAAGUCUGUAAUUUGUUCAUUGGCGGCCACAAUCAAAUACCUCAAAGAAUUUCAUCUGGAAAAGAUACUGUAUAACUCAAGCAAUUUCACCCAAAUGUCCAGUAAAAAUGAAUGUUUACGGAUGAAUGGGACAACACUGAAGAAUUUGGAGAUCUUACAAAACCAGACAGAUUUGAAGACUAAAGGCAGCUUGAUAUGGGUGCUGGAUCAUACCAGAACGUGCUUUGGGAGAAGAAAGAUAAAGCAAUGGGUAACACAGCCACUGGUCAAUACAAGGGAGAUCAAUGCCCGACUAGAGGCUGUAUCAGAAGUCUUAUUAUCAGACAGUAGUGUCUUUACUCAGGUUCGCAGCCACCUCUCUAAACUGCCGGAUUUGGAGAGGGGGGUUUGCAGUAUUUAUCACAAAAAGUGCUCCACCCAGGAGUUCUUCCUGAUAGUCAGCACUUUGUGCAACAUAUCCAACAACAUGGAAGCACUGAUUCCUGCUAUAAAAUCUCAAGUAAAAUCCCCCUUGCUGCAAACAAUUUUUGCUGAAAUCCCCCAGAUGCUGGAGCCAAUGCACAAGUUUCUAAAUGUGUUAAAUGAAAGUGCUGCUAGGACUGGAAAUAAAACAGAAUUAUUUAAAGAUCUGACUGAUUUCCCGAAAAUAUCUGCGAGAAAGUUGGAGAUUCAAGAGAUGCUUCUAAAGUUAGAAGCGCAUCUGGGAGACAUCCGUAAAAUAUUAAAGAAUCCUGCCGCAUCCUAUACAUCUGUGUAUGGACAGGAGUUUUUAAUAGAAGUUAAAAAUUCCUUGGGGUCUGUUGUACCACCUGACUGGAUUACCGUAAGCAGUACAAAAGCUGUCAGUCGCUUCCACUCUCCCUUUAUUGUGGAAAAUUACAGACAUUUGAACCAGCUCCGGGAGAAGUUAGUCCUUGACUGCAACACUGAGUGGUUACAUUUUCUUGAUAAGUUUGGAGAAAAUUACCACUCAGUGUGCAAAUCCAUAAACCAUUUAGCAACUGCCGACUGCAUUUUUUCUUUGGCUGAAGUGGCCAAACAAGAUGGAUACUGCAGGCCAGCUGUACACGACAGUGGAAGUGAAAUAAUUAUUAAAAAUGGCCGCCACCCUGUGAUUGACUUGCUACUAGAAGAACAAAGUCAGUUUGUUCCGAACAGCACCAGUCUCAUGGCAGACAAAGAAAGAGUGAUGAUAAUCACAGGACCGAACAUGGGGGGCAAAAGCUCCUACAUCAAACAAGUUGCCCUCAUUACUAUUAUGGCGCAGAUUGGCUCAUAUGUUCCAGCGGAGGCGGUCACUGUUGGCAUUGUGGAUGGAAUAUUUACAAGGAUGGGAGCUGCUGAUAAUAUAUACAAAGGACGAAGCACAUUUAUGGAUGAACUAUUGGACACAGCAGAAAUAUUAAAAAAUGCAACCCCUCGGUCCCUUGUUAUAUUGGAUGAACUGGGGCGCGGGACAAGCACGCAUGAUGGUAUAGCGAUUGCGUAUUCUACACUUGAAUAUAUUAUAAAAAGCGUCACAUCAUUGACACUGUUUGUCACUCACUAUCCGUCAUUGUGUGAGUUGGAAAAGGCCUAUGCUGAGCAAGUGGGAAACUAUCACAUGGCAUUCUUUGUGGAUGAAGAAGAGGACACGGACAGCGGAGCUGAGAGCCUGCAGCAACCUCAGCACGUAACCUUUUUAUACCAGAUCACACAAGGGAUCGCUGCUAGGAGCUACGGGUUAAAUGUGGCUAAACUGGCAGAUAUUCCACACAGUGUCGUAACAAGGGCAGCUUGUAAAUCUAAAGCUCUCGAGGAGCUGGUGGAAAUGAAAAGAAAGAAGCUGAAAGCAUUUCAAAGCGCUUGGAAUAUCAACAGUUCCGAAGAAUUAAAAGAGUGGUUGGAAAUAAUACAGUGAAGCAUUAUGUAAUAUAAUAUGCAGUAUAUACUGUUUGUGCAGAACUUGAGGAUUGGAUGGUAAAAUUACUAUAUAAUAGUGUUUGUGUGAGUGUGUGUGUGUAUAUAUAGUGUAUACAAGAGCCAUGAAUAGCCUUUAAAUGAUCCAUAUAAACGGUGCUUAGUGGUAUAAUUGGUGCUUACUGAUGUUGUUUCUGUCACAUGACUCACUUGUGUAAUAUAAUAAAUAAUGUAUCCCCUGUUGUAAAAUAUAAGGAUAUAAGAAGUCAACUCGGAACCUUUUAAAUGGUCCGGGAAGUCUUUGGUGACUUAUCCUUUACACAAUAGAGACAUCAGAAAUGCUGACACUCACGUAUACAAGAUCAAGGAGCCGGGGUGCAGUUCCACAAUGGUGUAAAAAUCAACAUUAGAAAGCACGUCUCCAUUCCAGGUCUUAUAAAGACCUUUAGAUUGUAUAUGGGACUAUCCAAUUAUUAAUAGUUCAAAACCAAAUUAGGCUUUUUUUGCCCCGUUACUGCAUACAAUAAAAAAUUGCCUAAAAUUUACUGGGCGGCCAGAAAUGAAGAACUAUGAAUAUUUAAAAGCACUCCGUAGCAAUAUGAUAAGCCGCUUAAAUUAUUAAAAGAAAUUCACCCACAUUAGUCAGAGAAAAUCAGAUUCAUUAAGAACUUGAUCGUUCCCUCAGGCAGUGCCACACUCCUCCCGUGUCUGUCUGUAACAGCGCACUUCUCUCCUACUCAAGUCUCCUCCGGACCAGCGCCAACUCACUUCCUCCCGCGUGCGCUCCGCUGCGUAAUACAAACUCCAAAUGUGCACCAAUAUUUCUUAGAAAGUCUUAUCAAAUUAGAAUCCUUGCAGCUACUAUUUUUCAACAUUGCUGGAGUGCUUCUAGUAACUCUCUGCAACGCAUUUCGCCUCAAAAGGCUUUAUCAAGACCUUUAUAAGACCUGCUUUCUUCUAUAUUAUUCUGUACAACAUACAUGCCGCAAUAGGACAUUUGAAUAGGUCUGGUAAAUUAAUAUAAGAAUGGGUAUGUAUCUUUUGGAUAGUCUAUCGUGAAGUACAUCCGAGUAGGGUUAUAGAACUGAAGGUGAAUAAGUGAUUGUGUGCUGUAGGUCACUGAACUGAUGCCCAUUGGAAAUGAUAGGGUAUAAGCCCUAUAUUACGUACUUACAUUGUCCAACCAGCUGUCAGUAGUUGUUUGCUUAGAUUCCGCCAGCCGAAGGUUAGGAGUUAAAGUUCAGGUUUCACAUCCCUAAUUAUUUUAUGAACCCCACCUGAAUGGGGAAAUGGGGCACCUGAUUAAUAAACUUAUAAUAUCUAAAACUGUUACACAAUAAAAGAUGUCUCUGUCAGAUUUUAUUACUUAUGGUUUUUUAAUUAUUGUAAUUUUAGUUUAGCAACUCUCCACUGUACAGAUAUCUGGUCUCUAGGGACCAAAUUACCUUAGUAACCAGUGAGUGGUUUUAAUUAGAGGCUGGAAUAUGAAUAGGAGAGGGUCUGAAUAGAGACACAUCUAAAUUAAGAAACAUAAGUAAUAAAAAGUAACAAUACAAUUGUAGCCUUGCAGAACAAUAGUUUUUGGGGGGGUCAGUGAAAAGUUGAUUAGAACAUAUUAACUUAAAAGUGAGCCACCCCUUUAAAAAACUGGAAUAGGGAGUCUCAUAAAAAUAAUUGCUGGGUUUUAUAGAUUUGUUUUAUUCAAUUCAAAACUUUGAAUGCAAAAAAAUGAUGAGUCUACAAUUCAUAAGGUAUUGUAAAUAUAUCCUUGUAUUUGUAUGAGUCCCAUACGCUACCAUCCUGUAAUGAGCAAUAAAUUACAUGGAGCAACAA